AUGCCUAAGAAGCGGGCGAACAACGGACGUAACAAGAAGGGCCGCGGCCACGUCAAGCCCAUCCGUUGCUCCAACUGCGCGCGAUGCACGCCCAAGGACAAGGCGAUCAAGAGAUUCACCAUCCGUAACAUGGUCGAGUCCGCUGCCAUCCGUGAUAUCUCUGAUGCCUCCGUCUUCGCCGACUACGCCGUCCCGAAGAUGUACCUGAAGCUGCAGUACUGCGUCUCCUGCGCUAUCCACGGCAAGAUUGUCCGUGUCCGCUCCCGGGAGGGUCGUCGUAACCGUGCUCCGCCGCCCCGUAUCAGGUACAACAAGGAUGGCAAGAAGAUUACCCCCCAGCAGGCCGCCAAGACGGCUUAA